AAAGAUCUGCAAAAUAAAAAAGAAAUCGUUGCUAAACACAUUUAAACACAUCAAAAUAUAUACGAUUUGACAUACAAACAUACAUAUUGAUUAUAAAACAAAUUUACUGAAUUUAACGAGUCAAUUGCCCUAAAAUGUGUACAUCACAACACUCUGUGGUGUCUUCAAUAUUCAUUACAACAACUGCAUUGACGGCGACGACAUAUACGGAAAAAAUGCAUUCACGUCGCUUUCACACAUCAACAGCUUUUCUAUUGGAAUUAUUGAUUGUUGUGAUUUUGUUAUUGCAAUCGCAAUUCGCCUCAGCUGGCUCAUGUCGCGAAGCACAACUUUGUUGCAAUGGGCGCGACUCGUCGUGUGUGGUGCAAAAAACACCGGUUAAUGCAAUUAUUGAAGAUCUCAACGAUAAACCCUGCUAUUGUGAUCAUGCUUGUCUGAAGCUGGGCGACUGUUGCGCUGAUUUCAAGGAACACUGUGGAGUGGUCGAUUGUCAGGUGAGCGAUUGGACCCCAUGGAGCGAAUGCGAUAAGAGUUGCGGUACGGGAAUUAUAUUUCGUCAACGUAAAAUAAUACGAGCGCCACAAAAUGGCGGUAAACAUUGUCCAACGCUGAUACAAAAGAGAAGCUGUGAAGGCUUUCGUUGUCAUAGUGAGCGUGGCAAGCGCAUUAUACAUGAAACUGCAUAUUUGCUACCUUCUUCAUUGGCGCGACAACAUAACACAAACAAAAGUAAAGAGUCCUUAUGGCAUGAACAUGAUAGCAAAAGGAUUGGCAUACACGACUAUUGCAUAGAAUUCGAAGUGAUUAAUGCGGCCAGGGAUUGCCUCAAAAUACCGCCGUACGAUUUUCUGGCAGAAGGCGAUCGCGUCACCGUACAUUGCAACGUGCGGAAAACACACAAUCAGCCAAGAACGCGUGGUCACCUUACCAAUACAACUACGAAAAAUCAAUUAAUAGAUUUCAAAUUAGAAAGUUCUACAUUUGAAAGUGAUGAUUUGGAAAAAUCGCCCAUCACACAUGCAAGCGCAACAAAUCACAACAAUAAAAUGAACAUUGCAAUGGCAACACAUUGCCGCGGCGAAGGCGCACCGGGCAGGACCACGCGUUGGCGGUCAUUAGCCGUGACGUCCUGCCAAGGCAAAUGGCUGCGGCUCACUUUGGGUGCGGGCAAGAAGUGCACACAGGCACAAUUCAAAUUUGUUUAAUAUACAAUAUAUAUUAUAUAUAACUAACGGUUA